AUGUCGCAUCAAAGCUAUCAGCGAAAAUGGGCCGAGGCCAUGCAGGAGUUGAUGGAGCAAGUGCAGAUCGAGUAUCUGCCAGUGGAGAGCUCCGAUUUUCAGGUAUGAAAAACGAUAUGUUGCUCGUUGUACUACAAGUAAAACGACAAGAAGUUUCUAUGUUAUUCUAGAAGAUGCUUCUUUGUCUUCCUAUGUAUGUAAACAUGUAUGUAUGUUGCCUUGGCGAUGGCCGUCUAUUCGCCGGUUCCACUUUUACUAUCAACAUCCUCGAUCCCAGGUCGACUUCAAGCAUUUUGCGCUGUUGUAUAUCAAGUACCUGCAGAUUUACAAGAAGCUGGAGGACUGCUACGACCAAAUUAUUCAUCCGCAAAAGAGGAGGAGUAUAAAGGAGGUACUUGAAACAGUCCUCGUGCGAAUCCUGGAAGUGAAGCAACAGCUGAUACACUUCAAUCCUCGACCACAGAAUCGGUUCGUGGCCUUGGAUGAGGCGCUCACAAAUUUCAAGCUGAAUCCAGAGACAGUGGAUUGGCACAUACCACGUUACAUGCGCGAUGAUAGGGACCGAGCAGAUGAGAUUGAGGUACAGACGACAACAGAUAGCUACAUUCAUGUUGACUGAAUAUCCAGUGGGUUUUCGACGAAGCCCUAGAUUAUGUCAUCUAUCUAAUAAAUUGAAAAUCGUGAUUGAAUCGAUAUCAAAGUUCAAUCAGAACAACAACUACAACAACAACAACAACACCGCCAUCGGCAGGUUAAAGGAGAGCGUCUUGACCACUGGUUGAAGGCAUUCGGGAUGUCAACUAGGGCGGAUGACUUAUGCGAUCGGCGAGACCCUUUUCAGGUGGAUUUGACUGUCGAGCACGCUAUCAGGUUAUUGCAGAAAAACGAGCGAGGAAGGAUAGGCAUCCAGCGAGCCAUGAUGAUAGCGAACUUUCGAAAGGAGGCUCAGAAGAAAGAGCAAAGAAGCAAACAAGGAUUGCCAGCGCAAGAAGAAAUGAGCGAGAAGGUAAGUGGGUCGUUGCUACGUGGUAUCUAUAUCCUAACAAUUUAGUCUUUCUUUACAGGGAAGUCGACGAGCUGAUGAGUGUAUGUCGGAAAUGCAUGUUGAUCAUCUUGAUUUAACCUUAUGAUGAUCAUGACUACGCCUAUAGCACGAUGAAGAAGUUUUUGCCUUGUUGCAUAUCUUUCAGAACUUUCUGUCCUCAGGUACUCCUUGAGAAGCAAUCGCAGUGCGCGUCACUCAUCGCCGCGCAUUGGCGGAGAAAAUUAGUGCAAAGAAAAUUUCAACGGAUGAAGGAGGAGGAGUUUGUUUUUCUAGGCAUGGUUCUGCCAUCGCAGACGGCAGCAGACAACCUGCACAACUCAGGCGUUGACCAUGCGGCAAUAGCGGAAGAAGUAAGACAAAAACGUAAGCGCCGGCAAGUAGAUGCCGAUAGUGACUAUGACAAUGCACUCCUAGACGAGCUUGAAUGGGUGAAAAAGAAGAAAGGACCAGAUAUUAGAGCAGACCUCUUGGACGAGCGACGGCAGUUCCUAGUGGAAUUCAGGAAAAAGAAGGGUAAUUUUUAUGUAUGGUGAUACCUACAUCAGUGUAGACAUGAUAUGGAGGAUCGCUGACUAUUAGCAUAGGGAAUCCAAGAAAUUGAAGUACAGAAAUGCCCGUUUUUCUAUUUCAUUGAGGUACCUUUCCGGCAAACAUCGAUGAGUUUUACAAGCGCUUUGACGCCCUAGACAAAGACGAUGCAGCGGAAGGAGCGGCGGAUGCAAAAGGCGGCAAAAAAGAUGAUAAGAAGAAAGACGACAAGAAGAAAGAUGACAAAAAGAAGGAUAAGAAAAAGGGUGGAAAGGACGAGCCAGAGGAAGGUAGUUCUCUGUAGUUCUUUGUUUUCUGUCGUUGUUGAUAGAGAAAUCAUCAGAUGAUCUUCGACAAUCUUGCCAGACAAGACAAGGCUCAUCUUGAAGAACAACUAAAAGCUCUUUCUACGCAUCAUCUGAAAUUACCAGGCAGUCGAAAAGCAUUUACAGUGACAUCUUGUUUUUUGACCUUAGAAAUAGCGUAUUUCUUUGAGCUAAUACGAACCCACUGAUUAAUAUUCUUCAGCUGAGGAGCACCAAGCAGGGCCAACUGCAAUAGUCCAGAAUUUUGUGGAUUUGAUCAACGAUUAUAGUGAAGUCUGGGAAGACAGGGAAGAAAGCCACAAUUUCGACCAAAAGCACGAUGCUGAAUUGACCAGGAAAUUAGUGUUUCCUAUGGUCGAGGCCCGGUUAAGAGAACAGGUACUAGCUCAAUAGUCCAUUGAGUUUCCGUUUCGCUUUCGUCCAUGAAAUUGAUUUCAGAUCCUGUCAGAACGAGUUGCUGUUUCUUUCGCCGCUUUUACCUUUGAUGUGGUCCCAGACCACGACGGACCAUAUUCGUGUCUUGAAAAUUUAGACACGCGCACGCCAAACUUUCGAUUGCUAUUGCAGUAGCGAUGAAAUAUCACUCGCUGACCCGUCCGCUGUAUCAAUCUAGCUAAACCUAUACUCAGGUCGAUGCGCAAAUGCAAGAGGAGCUUAUGAACCUCAAAGCAAUGUACGAUAAGGCGAAGAAGAAAAAAGAGAAGAAGAAAAAAGGAAAAAAGGGCAAAAAAGACAAGAAAGGAAAGCAGAAGAAAUGGUACGUACAAGUUUAUUUUGUCUAAUGUACACGGUAAGUACUGAUAUUUAUACGUAGUACGAGGCGAAAUGUACACAAACACUUUCUUCAAGCUGAGUAGAAGGAAGAUGAUGUCCACCUUUCUUCAUCUGUUCUGUUGUACUUGUAAUGAUUGAAGAUGGAAUUCGUAGCUGUUUCCCUUUUCCGAUAAAGAACAAGAACUCAUCACUAAAACCAGGUGUGUCGCAGUCGGCAUGAUUUCCAACGUGCAGGAUUGUUAUCCUGA